AUGUCGAUUAGUAUGAUUUCCAUGUUGACAUUCGUUAUUCUGAUUUCAAUUCAAUUACAAUCAAUACAAAUCGACGCAGAAAGUGCAAAUGAUUUCAACUUCGAAAAGAAAACUUAUCAUUUCUUUCGACUUAAAAAAUCUGAAGGAUGUCUACGCAUUCCAGACAGUGUUAAACGAGUUAUUUUUAGAGAACCUUAUAUUUUGUGCCCAGAAGAUCGUGAAUUCCUCGGAUUAUAA